AUGAAUUCGAACAACUGGCUUGGAUUUCCUCUUUCACCAAACCACUCUUCUUUGCCUCCUCAUGAAUACAACCUUGGCUUGGUCAGUGACCAUAUGGACAACCCAUUUCAAACACAAGAGUGGAAUAUGAUCAAUCCACACGGUGGAGGAGGAGAGGUUCCAAAGGUGGCCGAUUUUCUCGGUGUGUGUAAACCGGACGAAAACCAAUCCGACAACCUAGUAGCUUACAAUGACUCAGAUUACUACUUCCAUACCAAUAGCUUGAUGCCUACCGUUCAAUCAAACGACGUCGUCAUAGCUUGUGACUCCAACACUCCUAAAAAUAGCUAUGAGCUUCAAGAGAGUGCUCACAAUCUACAGUCACUCACUUUGUCCAUGGGGACCACCGUUGGUAAUAACGGAGCAGCCAAAGAUUCGCCGUCCGAGACCACUGGCGAUAACACUAGCGGUGGAGCACUAGUCGUUGUUGAGACGGCCACUCCGAGACGGGCUUUGGACACUUUCGGACAACGAACCUCGAUCUAUCGUGGGGUCACAAGGCAUCGAUGGACCGGUCGAUAUGAAGCUCAUCUUUGGGAUAAUAGUGGGUAUGACAAAGAAGAUAAAGCAGCAAGAUCAUAUGAUCUAGCUGCACUUAAGUACUGGGGUCCUUCAACUACUACUAAUUUCCCGAUUACUAACUACGAGAAAGAAGUAGAGGAAAUGAAGCACAUGACGAGACAAGAGUUCGUGGCUGCUAUUAGAAGAAAAAGUAGCGGAUUCUCACGCGGCGCUUCGAUGUAUCGAGGAGUGACAAGAUGGCAAGCAAGGAUCGGCCGAGUCGCCGGAAACAAAGACCUCUACUUGGGGACCUUUAGCACUGAGGAAGAAGCAGCAGAAGCUUACGAUAUAGCCGCGAUUAAGUUUAGAGGACUCAACGCCGUGACCAACUUUGAGAUUAACCGGUACGAUGUGAAAGCCAUCCUAGAGAGCAGCACUCUUCCCAUAGGAGGAGGCGCCGCUAAGAGGCUCAAAGAAGCUCAAGCUCUUGAAUCUUCAAGAAAACGUGAGGCCGAGAUGAUAGCUCUUGGUUCAAGUUUCCAGUAUGGUGGUGGCUCGAGCUCAGGCUCUGGCUCAAGCUCAUCAAGGCUUCAGCUUCAACCUUACCCUCUAAGCAUUCAGCAACCAUUAGAGCCUUUUCUAUCUCUCCAGAACAAUGACAUCUCCCAUUACAACAAUAACAGUGCUCAUGAUUCCUCCUCUUUUAAUCACAAUAGCUAUAUCCAGACGCAGCUUCAUCUUCACCAACAAACCAACAAUUACUUGCAGCAGCAAUCGAGCCAGAACUCGCAGCAGCUCUACAAUGCGUAUCUCCAUAGCAAUCCGGCUCUGUUUCAUGGCCUUGUUUCCACCUCUAUCGUUGACAACAGUAAUAACAAUGGAGGCUCUAGUGGGAGCUACGACACUGCAGCGUUUCUUGGCAACCACGGCAUGGGUAUUGGGUCAAGCUCGACUGUUGGAUCGACUGAGGAGUUUCCUACCGUUAAAACCGAUUACGAUAUGCCUUCGAGUGAUGGCGCCGGAGGGUAUGGUGGCUGGACAGGUGAGCCUGCUCAGGGAUCGAAUCCUGGUAGUGUUUUCACUAUGUGGAAUGAGUGA